GGUUCGAUUCUCUACGUAACAGCAAUCACUUGGCAUAUUUUCCUUAAAGAUUCUUCUUGUUCUGUGUCUCAAAAUUAUCCUUGAGUUUUUAUCUGAGCAAAUCACAGGUGUUGCUAAACCAGUUUAUGAAGGAUGUCUUUCUGCUGCAUGAACUGUGAUGGGAGGUUCUGAAUUGUGUGUGAACUGAUUUUUAUUCACGCAAGGACUGGUGGAGAUUGGUUUCUUAGCUAUUUUUUGAGUCAGUUUUACAUUAAAUGGAGAUUGCUUCUAGAUUUUCUUGGAUUCAAGCAUAAAUGGAGCAGAUAUGAUGAGUUACUAAAAGGCCAGACCCAUAUGGAGUUUCUUGGCCGCCAAUAACUCCUUUUGAAGGAAUUUUGUAGAAACCGGAUCUUGACAUCUUGUCAAGGCAUAUAUCUUGCCAAGCAUCACCUGAAUACUGAUCUUUUCUAGGUCAAAAUAUUACUGAAAAAUUAUUCACUGAUUGUUCUUUGAAUAUAAAUAGUAAUCACCAAUGGAGGUGUUAGUUUCACCACAAGUGCAAAAGCAGAAUUUGCAAACAUCCAUGCGGAAAUUCUCACCUAGUGGAUCCCACAAAGAUCUGUGGCUUGCUGCUCGAGAAGGGUCCUUGGCUGAUAUAGAUUCUGCAUUGGCUCUAUUGAAGAAGAAUGGAGGUAAUGUUAAUGCAAGGAAUCUUUAUGGCUUGACUCCCCUUCACAUUGCUACUUGGAGAAACCACAUUCCUAUCAUUAAGAGGCUUCUUGCUGCUGGUGCUGAUCCUGAUGCUAGGGAUGGAGAAUCAGGAUGGAGUAGCCUCCACAGAGCUCUGCAUUUUGGUCAUCUUGCAGUUGCAAGCAUUCUCCUUCAGUUUGGUGCUUCUAUCACUUUGGAAGACUCAAAGUCUAGGACACCCAUAGAUCUCUUAUCUGGACCUGUGUCACAGGUUGUCGGAAGUGAGCAUGAUUCAGUAGUGACUGAGGUGUUUAGUUGGGGAAGUGGUGCAAACUAUCAACUUGGAACAGGAAAUGCACACCUACAAAAGUUACCAUGCAAAGUUGAUUCACUUCAUGAUUCUAUUAUCAAGCUAGUUUCUGCUGCUAAAUUCCAUAGUGCAGCAGUCACUGCUCGUGGAGAAGUUUACACAUGGGGGUUUGGAAGGGGAGGCCGCCUUGGGCAUCCUGACUUUGACAUCCACAGUGGUCAAGCUGCAGUUAUCACUCCCCGCCAGGUAACUUCUGGGUUGGGUUCCCGCCGGGUAAAAGCUAUUGCUGCAGCUAAACAUCACACUGUUGUGGCUACAGAGAGUGGGGAAGUGUUCACUUGGGGAUCCAAUAGAGAGGGUCAGCUUGGCUACACAUCUGUGGAUACCCAACCGACACCUCGUAGAGUAAGUUCACUUAAAUCAAGAAUAGUUGCUGUUGCUGCAGCAAACAAGCAUACUGCUGUUGUUUCUGAGGCUGGUGAAGUUUUCACAUGGGGCUGUAACAGAGAGGGUCAACUAGGAUAUGGUACUUCUAACUCAGCAUCUAAUUACACUCCAAGAAUAGUUGAGUCCUUGAAGGGGAAGGUCUUUAAAGGUGUUGCAACAGCAAAAUGUCACACAAUUGUACUGAGAGCUGAUGGAGAGGUAUAUACUUGGGGCCAUCGACUUGUUACACCGCGGCAUGUUCACAUUGCAAGAAAUUUGAAAAAGGCUGGAAGCACCCCAAUGAAGUUCCAUAGAAAGGAACGGUUGCAUGUGGUUACCAUAGCUGCUGGAAUGGUACAUAGCAUGGCUCUCACUGAUGAUGGAGCAUUAUUUUAUUGGGUUUCUUCUGAUCCUGAUCUCAGAUGCGAACAGCUGUAUACACUCUGUGGAAAAGAUGUGGUGAGCAUUUCUGCUGGAAAAUACUGGACUUCUGCAGUUACAGCUACAGGUGAUGUUUACAUGUGGGAUGGGAAGAAAGCAAAGGACAAACCACCGGUUGCAACUCGGUUACAUGGUGUGAAGAGGGCUACUUCAGUUUCAGUUGGUGAAACACACAUCUUGAUUAUUGGUUCUCUCUAUCAUCCCCCCUAUGUCCCUAAUAUCACUAAAAAUCCUCAGAAACUGAAGUUGAAUGUCAAGGAGGAAGUAGAAGACUUCGAUGAAGAUUUUGUGUUUAAUGAUGGGGAAUCCAAAAGCUUGGUGUCCUCUCUGCAUGAGGAGGAUUUUGGAGAGAGGCCUUUACCAAGCUUAAAAAGUCUUUGCGAGAGAGCGGCAGCAGAAUUUCUGGUUGAACCAAGAAAUGCUAUGCAGCUGCUUGAAAUUGCAGAUUCACUUGGAGCAGAUGGUCUGAGGAAGCAUUGUGAGGAGCUUGCUAUUCGUAACUUGGACUACAUUCUAACCGUCUCUUCACAAGCUUUUGCAAGUACAUCGCUUGAUAUUCUAGCGAAUCUUGAGAAGUUGUUAGAUUUGAGAUCAUCAGAAUUAUGGAGUUAUCGUCGACUCCCAACUCCGACAGCUACCUUUCCAGUUGUCAUCAAUAGUGAAGGGGAUGAUGAUGAAAGUGAGGUUCUAAGGACUCGUGACAAUUACAUGAAGAAAUUCCCUUCAAAAGAUGAAGGGGACAGAAUAGACUCCUUUCUGCAACCUAAAGAUGAUCCUAACCAGGGUGUUGUUAAACAAAUUCGUGCUUUACGUAAAAAGUUGCAACAGAUUGAGAUGCUUGAGUUAAAGCAGUCCAAGGGGCAGAUUCUUGACGACCAACAAAUUGCAAAGCUGAAAACAAGGUCUGCUCUUGAAAGUUCUCUUGCUGAACUAGGUGUUUCAGUUGAAACUCCACAAUUGAAAGCGUCAUCACCUGUUUCAACUGAUGUGAAAGGCAAUAAAAGGUCUGACACAAGGAAACAGAGGAGAAAGAGCAAACAGAGGGUAGAGCAAUCGGAGAUGGUUCCUGGUUUUUUUGAGGGUAACUUAGAUACAAACUCUGUCAAGGAUUUCUCAGUUGUUGAAACCAUCCAAACUUUGAAGAAGAAGGAAGAAGAUCCCAUCUCUGAUGGUGCCAAAGCUGACCCCCUCCCCCUCAAAGAGUCAGCUUUCAUUAUUGAGAAAAUAGACAGUCCAGACUUGGCCAAGGAUAAGAAUACAUCGCUGCCAACAGGCACCAAGAAGAAGAACAGGAAAGGUGGACUUUCUAUGUUUUUGAGUGGUGCUCUUGAUGACAACCCAAAACAACCUGUUCCUCCUCCCCCAAUGCCUCGAAGUGAGGGCCCUGCGUGGGGUGGGGCCAAGAUUUCAAAGGGAUCUGCUUCACUCCGUGAAAUUCAGGAUGAGCAGAGCAAAACCCAAGUGAACCUGCAAACCAGCUCCAAAAAUCAGGUGGAAGAUCUUACUGAUGGUAAAACUGAAGGAAAAGUCCUGCUGAGUUCAUUUUUGGCUUCCAAGCCAGUUCCUGUGCUCUCAGCUCGAACUUCACAAGUGUCUGAUGGAGAAAAAAGCACGCCUCCUUGGGUUGCUUCUGGUACUCCUCCUCAUCUUUCUCGGCCAUCUCUUAGGGACAUCCAGAUGCAGCAGGGGAAACAACAACAGAGUCUUUCUCACAGUCCAAAGAUAAGAAUGGCUGGAUUCUCGGUUUCAAGUAGUCAGGGUUCACCUUCUGAUUCUCCUGGAAUGAAUCGCUGGUUCAAACCAGAGAUUGAAACACCUUCUUCAAUCCGUUCCAUUCAGAUUGAGGAGAAGGCUAUCAAGGACCUCAAACGCUUCUACAGCAGCGUCAAAAUUGUCAAAAACCAGUCAUAAAAGUGCCAUUUGAUCUUGGCCUGCUCAGGUAGGGACAGAGGCUCAUCAUUAUUUAUUUCUUCUCCUCAAUAAAAAUGUAAAUUUGACUGUACAGAUGAUCUCACUGUACAUCAAACUUUUCCUUUAGAAAGGUAAUUGAU